GUGUGCAUCUAGGGAAUUUCCCUCAGUAGUGUUUUUCACAGCUCGACAUCAGUUGCAGGAUUUGUGUCAGGGACAGUUUGACACUGUCACUUUUUGUCACUCUCUUUCUCUCUCUCUCUCUCUUCCUCUCUCUCUUUCUUUUUCUCCCUCUUUCUUUUCCUCCCUCUCACUUUUUCUCCUGUAAUUCCUCGAUCCUCCAUCUUUAUUUUUAUCGCUCUCUUUCUCCACGUCUUGUUCUGUCCAUGCACUGUGCUGUAUUUUCUUCAUGCACCAGUGUCUCUGUCUCACUCUCGUCACCCCCUUUCUCUGACAUGCACACCACAGCGCUGUGUACCAAACACAUUGCAAAAUGCAAAAUCACAUAUUGCACCACACAUCGCAUUUAAGCAUCUCUUCCGUCACACUAAUAUGACCUUUACAAUCCCCAUCGCAGUGUCACAGUUUCAGUCUCAUUUAUUCUCGCCAACAGCCAAUUGGAGACUUUUUUUUUUUUUUUUUAUGCGUGUGGCUCACUGUCAACUAGCUAAGACAUGACCGUAAUCACUUGAACUAAAAUUUGACUGUGAGACUUAGGCUUUCAUAUCAAUGUGUUUGUGGUUAUUUUCACCAUCAUUAGACAAGAAUGUUUGCACUUCCUUUUCUCUGGCCACAGCAAUGCAAUAAAAGUGCAGCAAAACAUCACAUUACCACCAUUCCGAUUGGUUAACAUGUAAUUUAGAGUAUUUAAUCCUCAAUUUGCCGUCAGCAUUCAUGAUAUAAUCUGUAAAACAUUUGGAUGCAUUGAAAUUAAAAGUUGAAUUCCGAAAUGCGGCAAGCGCCCAGAGGGAAAUGCAGCUCCGAGUUUUCUGCAGAUCGAAUGAAUAUUGUGUCAGACACUCUUCAACAUUUUGAAAUCACAUCUCUUUGUGUCAAACAAUCAGCACGCAGUCAUCAGUGUGAUUUCUUCCCUGUCAGUGUUGUUAGGGCAAGUCAAACCAAACCAAACAGGUCUGUAGGUGCCAGAACUAUCACCCUGUGACACACAGAGAGUGAGUCGCUGCUAAGAUGAAGGAGAUCAGGUGGGAGGUGUUUGCUCUCAGUUGCGGUCCUCCUCUGACUCAUCGUACGAAUGUCAGACAGCAGGUAUGAAUACGAGAGCUGCCAUGUGAGAUUUUUUUUUUUAAAUGGCAAGUUUGAUUUCUGCGAUAUAUUUUAAGAGAGGUCACCGUUGUCAGCAUGAGUACAUUCUGCAGAUGAAUAUGGACUCACCUCGUCUCUGAGCUGCUCACUUAGUGGAUGCUGAGCAAGUGAGUUCAAUGGGAUCAGAGGGGGAGGAUGAGGUCGGCCUGUGGAGCCUGGAGCCCCAGGACUGCCAGGAGAGCCUGGACAAGACGAGCCUGACGCCCAGCGAGGGGACGGAGGAACCUGGCAGCCCUGCUCGCUCCACGCGGCCGCACAGCCUCAGCCCUGGCAGCAGGAACUACUGGGGGCAGGUUGAGUCAGAGGUCGCAGAGGACGCCACCGGUGCUUCUACCACUGACAGAGAGGGAGAUCAGGAACCACUGAGGAUGUACUAUAAGAACUCAGACUCCCAGAAUGCCUUUGAGGACCUGGCCCAUUAUGAAUUUCUGGCCCACUUGAGGAAGGCCUCUACCUCAGAAAGUCUCUUGGACCAUCUGAACCACAAUGGCAAAGCAGCAGUGUACCACCCAAGCAGCGGGCACGAUGAGCUGCCACCCGCCAUCUGGUCACCAGGAGCUCAGCACCGCUCACCUGACGGAGCAGAUGCAGGAAGGACCCAGCAGGCCUGUCCUUUCUGCCACAGGAUGUAUCAGCGAGGAGCUACUUUAAGGGAACACAUUAAGUACUGUCAGGAGAGGGAGGGGGGCCACAUGGUCUGUCCUCUCUGUGGAUACACUGCCACUCUUCGAGCACAGAUGGAGCGACACCUGGCACUUCACAACCAGAUGCAGGACAAGAGUGCCAUUACUUUGGAUCAAGCCAUGGAGACCAGGAAGUUCAAAUGUCUGCAGUGUGGGAAAGCUUUCAAGUAUAAACACCACCUCAAAGAGCAUCUACGCAUCCACAGCGGUGAGAAACCGUAUGAGUGCUCCAACUGCAAGAAGCGUUUCUCCCACUCUGGCUCCUACAGCUCACACCUCAGCAGCAAGAAGUGCCUGAAUGGUGGAGGAAGUGGGGCCAGUGGAGCCAGUGGUGCAUUUAAUGGACAUAACCAAAGCUCCUACCACCACUCAUUUCCAACAUCUCCCUCUGCAGGCGGGGGAAGAAACAGUAAUGAAAAAGGCUCUCCGAUGGCUUUACAGGCCCAAGAUAAUACCAGGCCUCUUGGUCGAGCACCAGAGGAUCCUCACCAGCUUUCACUGCAGGACCCCAGCCACAACCCCACACGCUUCCCCAGAGCUUCAGAUCUGCCUCGGCUUUGGGACCCGUCAGCGGAGCUCUCUCUGAGGGACAGCAUACUCAAAGGGACCACCCUGCUGCCUUAUCUGCACUCUGGGACUAAGUUUGAGCAGAUGCUGCAGGAGAUGCUUCACAGGGAGGUGAAGAAAGAUGAGGAAAUGGACAGAGAAGGAGGAGGGAGAGCUGCAAUGGAGGAUAGAAGGGCGAUGUACAACGGAGGAGGGUCUGACAGGAAGGGGUCGCCUAACAGGAGGAGAGAUGCCGGGGGGUCAGGCGAAGGGGAGAGAGGUGUUCUUGGGGUGACGUGUCACUUUUGCUUCCAGCUUUUCCCGAAUGUGGCGGUGCUCCUGCAGCAUGAGCGUUACCUCUGUAAGAUGAACAGAGAGGUGGUGGAGGUGCCUGAGGGUCUUCGCGGCAAAGACCAUCCCCUCUCCCCUUUAUUCUUCCCAAGGCCUGCUCUGCAACCAGAGAACAGCAAACCGAGUGAAGUAACCAACGGCCUCUCUGGAAGCAAGUCACCGCUACAGAAGCCCGGCUGGCACGCCAUCCCACAGCAGCUUUUGGUGGCAAUGCACUCUCCCCCGCCACCGCACCAUGACGCUUUGCCCUCACGAGCUUUUUGGUCCCGCCAGGAAAAAGGAAGUCCAAGCCAACCAAUCAACUGUUCCCCAGAGCUGUCAACACCUCGAGCUAGAAGGAGAGUUUCCUCCUCAGGAUUCGGUUCUCCAGUCCUCGACCUCACCAACUGUCCCCCUGACCUUCCCUCCCCUCAGAAGCAGACCGGAAGCCCCUGGUCACAGAGUGAACCUCUGGACCUCUCACUGCCGAAGCAGCUCUCAGACCAAGAGGAGAGAAAUAAAACUGUAAAUGGAAACUCAGCCAGAGGAGAGAGGAGAGAGCUUGGGAGCCAGCUGCUCAAGAGGCCGAGUCCAACUUCGCAUCUUCCCCUUCAACACCACCCAGUCUAUGGCGGAGCCGGGGCACCUGUGUUCCCAGGUGCCUUAUACAACGGAUUUCCUAUCUUCAACCAGUCUCCUUUAGGACUGUCAGGGCACGAUGGCAUCCCACCGAUCCCAUUUGGUCAACCAGCAACCAGCCCUGGGUUUCUCUCUCCUAUGUCUUACAUGAUGGAGGCCGAAGCAGAGGCGACACUGAAAAAGAUCCACCAGGAGAGACAAGCUCUCAUGGGUGAGGUGUUAAGAAGCGGAGCUCUGGACUACCUCUCUCUCAUGGAUGAAGGACUGGACGGAGACGGAGGGCCGGGGAGGAAGAGAUUGAAGAAGACUGACGAGGGGCUUUACGCUUGUGACAUUUGUGAAAAAACCUUUCAGAAGAGCAGCUCUCUGUUGCGACACAAAUACGAGCACACAGGCAAGCGUCCUCAUGAGUGCAAGAUCUGCAACAAGGCGUUCAAGCAUAAGCACCAUCUGAUUGAACACAGCCGGCUGCACUCUGGAGAGAAACCCUACCAAUGUGACAAGUGUGGCAAGCGCUUCUCUCACUCCGGCUCGUACUCACAGCAUAUGAACCACCGCUACGCUUACUGCAGCAAAGACCAGGAUCCAGACCAAGACCACGAGGAGAUGCCUCUCACCCCGGGGGCCAGCAACAAUCGCCUCGCUGACGAGACCCCUCUGUCGAUGGAGGAUACCCAAACCCCGCGCUCCUUCCUCAGCGAUUCCAGUCUGGAUGGAGCUGCAGAGGUCCUCAAGGAGGAGAUGGAGGAGGAGGAGGAGGAGGAAGAGGAAGAGGAGGAAGAGGACAAAGAGGCAGGCGAUGGUCAUGUGGAAGAAGCCCAUUUGAGUUUGUCAGGAGCAGCGGAGGAGCUGGGAGGAGAUCCCAUCCAAGAAUCUCCGUCAGGGGAGAAUGAGAGAAACAGUUACGAUGUGGGAAACCAUAUUGAUGAUGCAGAGAGACAAUUCUGGGAAGGAGAGGACCAGAAUGGUGUCUUGGACAAAUGCGAACUGAGCCUGGAUAUUACAGAUUUACCCAGAAUAAAAACUUAAGCUAAUACAAUGCAUAUACUAUAUAUAUUAAGACUUUUUGAUACAGUUUUCAUGAAUAUAACAGCUCCACUGAUUUGUUUGGUUUUUUACUCAUUUUACAACAUGAAACAAUGCACAGAACUGCCAAAGCAUAGACAGCCUUAAAGCGGAUGAAGCCAUAAGAAGAAAAUAUAUUUGAUAAUACAAAGUUCAGUAUUUUAUCACGAAACAUACACUUGAUGUACCUACAGUGUUUAUUUGUAUUUCUUUUUUUUUGUUUAUCAGGACAGCUAGAACAUUUGGGUUGACUCAUCUGAGGUUGUGUCACAUAUCCAGAUGUCUCACUUAUUAUAUGCUUGCUGCUGCUGACUCUUGCACAACCCAUAAAGCAGAGGCCUUUGUAUUGUUACAUCCAGGAGAAAGUUUUUUUGGAAAACUUUGCUUGAAACAUGUCGACUGUUCACAAGCAGAUGCUUGAGUGGGUUAAGGAAGCAGGCCGUGAAGGAAAGUGUAUGUAGGAUUGACUUGCGGGAUGGAAAGAUGUCUACUGUUGCUUUACAAUGCCAUCAAAGUUUAAAUGUUACACAUGCAGCCUGGUA